AUGUCCCUCCAAACCCCCCGCGUCCUUCCCGCCCACCUGCACGCCUUCCACCCCUCCAGCGGCGCCCCCUCAACACACACGAUCCGCCUGCUGGGCACCGUAUCCGCGCUGCACGGCGACACAGCGACGAUAACAUGUGGCGGAAACGGGGACGUCACGCUUGUUCUGCGCCCGGACUCGCAUCUUCAGAUGGGGAAGUUGGUUGAGGUUGUUGGGAAGGUUAUGGAUCUUGAGGGGAAUGGCCUUGGUGUGAGGGUUCUGGGGACGAUGGAUUGGGGGAAUCCAGCUGAUUGUGAUUACAAAAUUUAUGAAAAGGUCGUCGAGGCUACGCACAAGCUGAAGCCUAUCUUUUAUGAUUCGAAUGAGUAA